UUCUGGGACAGCGGCAGCAGCGUUCAGGUUCUAAAUGGCUUCUAAGAAGUUGGGUGCAGAUUUUCAUGGGACUUUCAGUGACCUUGAUGAUGUCCCAUUUAAGACAGGAGACAAAUUCAAAACACCAGCUAAAGUUGGUCUACCUAUUGGCUUCUCCUUGCCUGACUGUUUGCAGGUUGUCAGAGAAGUACAGAAUGGCUUCUCUUUGGAAAAGAAAACCAUUGAGUGGGCUGAAGAUAUUAAGAAAAUCCAAGAAGCCCAGUGGGAAGAAGAGCACAGGGCUGAGGAAGCAGAAGCUAAAGUGAAUUCUAAGAGUGGUCCAGAGGGUGACAGCAAAAUGAGCUUCUCCAAGACUCACAGUAUAGCCACAAUGCCACCUCCUAUCAAUCCCAUCCUUGCCAGCUUACAGCACAACAGCAUCCUCACCCCAACUCAGGUCAGCAGCAGUGCCACAAGACAGAAAGCUAGCCCACCCCACACAAAGGCAGAUUUCAAUCCUGCUGACUUUGAGUGUGAAGAAGACCCGUUUGAUAAUCUGGAGUUAAAAACUAUUGAUGAGAAGGAAGAGCUGAGAAACAUUCUGGUAGGAACCAGUGGACCCAUUAUGGCCCAGUUAUUGGACAGUAACUUGCCUAGAGGUGGCUCUGGGUCUGUGUUACAGGAUGAGGAGGUCCUGGCAUCCCUGGAGCGGGCAACCCUAGAUUUCAAGCCUCUUCACAAACCCAGUGGCUUUAUAACCUUACCACAGUUGGGCAACUGUGAAAAGAUGUUGCUGUCUUCCAAAGUGUCUCCCCCCAUCCCUGAAGUAAGCAAUAUCAAGUCCCUGUCCUUCCCCAAACUUGACUCUGACGACAGCAGUCAGAAGACAGCCAAGAUGGCAAGCAGUUUCCACAGCACAUCCUGCCUCCGCAGUGGCACGUUCCGGAAUUCCCUAAAGCCUUCCACCCAAAGCAGUGCCAGUGAGCUCAAUGGGCAUCAUACUCUUGGGCUUUCAGCUUUGAACUUGGACAGUAGCACAGAGGUGCCAACCCUGAACCAUUCCCAGAUGCCUUCCCUCUCUGUCUUGUAUGUGUGCACAGAAGAAUCAUCACCUCCAAAUACCUGUCCCACGGUCACACCUCCUAAUUCCUCAAUGUCACAAGUGCCCAACACUCCCAGCUGUCCCCAGGCUUAUUCUGAACUGCAGACGCUGUCCCCCAGUGAGUGGCAAUGUGUGGAGAUGGUGAUCAACAUGGGCUACUCAUAUGAGUAUGUCUUGAAAGCCAUGAAGAAGAAAGGAGAGAAUAUUGAGCAGAUUCUUGACUAUCUCUUUGCACAUGGACAGCUCUGUGAGAAGGGCUUUGACCCUCUUUUAGUGGAAGAGGCUCUGGAAAUGUAGCAGUGUUCAGAGGAAAAGAUGAUGGAGUUCCUUCAGUUAAUGAGCAAAUUUAAGGAAAUGGGCUUUGAACUGAAAGAUAUCAAGGAAGUUCUGUUAUUACACAACAAUAACGAGGACAAUGCUUUGGAAGACCUCAUGGCUCGGGCGGAAGCCAGCUGA